AUGCCUUCUUUUUCAACCCUCGUUGGUGCUUUCCUUGGUGCAGCUUCCUUGGCUGCCACUGCCGCUGUACCUGCCUCUCAACCUUUUGAACACUUCAAGGCCAAGAGACAGUCUACCAACAGUAGCUUGGAAGUCGAUCUCGGUUACGAAAUCUACGAGGGAUACACCAACCAGACUACUGGAAUCAACAUCUGGCGCGGUAUUCGUUUUGCUGCACCUCCCGUUGGAUCUCUGCGCUGGCAAGAACCACAACCUCCCACAGAGAAUCGUAGUGAGGUUAUCCAAGCCACCAGUUAUGCUCCCCAAUGCCCUCAGAGCUCUCUGUCACCAAACAAUGGCACUCUCUCGACCGAGGACUGUCUGUUCCUCAAUGUCUAUGCUCCACCAAACGCAAAGAACCUUCCAGUGCUCGUCUGGAUCCACGGAGGUGGUUAUGGACUGGGUAACGGCCAGCAAGACCUGCAAGCUAUUAUCGAAACCAACAACAACUCUUUUGUUGGUGUAGCUAUCCAGUACCGUCUCGGCGCUUUUGGUUUCCUUUCCUCAGAUGAGGUUAGCCGCUUUGGUAGCGUCAAUGCUGGUAUUCUCGACCAGACCUUUGCCUUGAAGUGGGUCCAGGAAUACAUCUCUUCCUUUGGAGGUGACCCACGCUCCGUAACCAUCUCAGGUGAGUCAGCUGGAGGUGGCUCGGUCAUGUUGCAAGCCAUGGCUUAUGGUGGUACCUUGGGCACUUCGUUGUUCAAGAAUGCCAUCGCAGCUUCUCCUUACUUGCCUAUGCAAUACGGAUACAAGGACUGGGUGCCUUCGCAAUCUUACUACGCUUUUGCAGCCCAUGCUGGCUGCAUGCCCAACACUGCCUAUGGAUCUUCUUCUCGCACCAUCUUUGAGUGUUUGGUCAACCAGAACACCACGACUCUUCAGUAUGCCAGUUUCAACGUCAGCGCUGACGGUAACUUCGGAACUUGGGGCUUCUUGCCUGUUACCGAUGAUGUGUUUAUCCAGGAUGUUCCUAGCAGGCAACUCCUGGAGAAGAGGGUAAACGGACAGAACCUCCUCGUCGGCAACAACGCCAAUGAAGGCCCUCUGUUCGUCCCGCAGAACAUCACAACCGAAGCUGAUCUUGUCUCUUGGUUGGAACUUACUUUCCCUCUCUUCAGCAACGACGAUAUCGCCAAGGUCCUUCUCUACUACCCUAGUUCCAACGCCUCGGACUCGUCUUCCGCUGUCGAUUUUGCAACUCUUGGUAACUCAGGCCCAACCGCCCUUAACGAAUCCUCCCUCGCUACAGGCCAACAACAACGCGCCGACAACAUUUACGCCGAGACAACCUUUGUCUGCCCCUCUUACUGGAUGGCUGAAGCCUACACUGGCGAGAGAUCGUCUUUCAAAUAUCAAUACUCCGUCCCUGCCGCCCAACACGGUGCCGAUGUCUCUGGCUACUUCGGCCCCGCAGCACCCACCCAAGGAUCCCAGUUCGAGCGUGCCUUCAUGUCCAUCUGGGGUCAAUUCAUUGUCAACUCCAACCCAUCCAUCCCAUCUAACAUUGCUGGUUCUGGUGGCCAAGCCGCUGUCAACUUCCCUCGUUUCAACGUCUGGAACCCUGUUCAGGUCAACCUUAACGAGACUGGUGGAUACGAGGUUUAUGGCCCCUCUGGUGUGCAAAUGAUUAAUGACACUGUCUAUGAGGGCCCUGGUCUGAUGAACAGCUUCGAGGUUGUCAACGCAUACACUUGGGAAGGCGGUCGUGGUAACAGAUGUGAUUUCUGGAGAGCUAUGGCUCCUAUUGUGCCUGAGUAG